AAAAUGCUACGAAAAAAAUACUCAAAAUGCAUGUCCCCUGCCCUGCAUGCCUCGGAGAAGACGAAUAGUUUCGAACUCCUCGGCUUCUUCCUUCUCCUUUAAAGCCCCCUCACCGCAAAUCCUCCCCAUCGCUCCAAUCCAUCACUCUCUAAUCUCUUGGUUUAUAUCUUCGCCCAUCCGAGUUCACAUCAAAGUCUGACACUUUCGUUUCCUUCACCUCCGUCUACCACAAUUUAUACACAAAUUUAUCCCCUGCUUCCCGACCCAGGAGCCAAUAUGAGUCGCGAUCUUGGCCGUGGCGGCGGCGGAGCUAGGAACACCAGAGCCUCCUCAGAUCCCAGCGGGGCCGGUAAUUCCACGCGUCGGAACAGCCCUUUUGUAGCAGACCGAGCUUUUGAGAACUCUUUUGGUGGUGAAGCUGGAUUUUGCACAAGCAAAAAGAAAGAUUUUCAGCGGAUGCCAGAGGAUUGUAUUCCAAAGUACUCUCCGCUUAGACAAAAAUUAGGUAACACAUAUAAGCAAGAGCGCCUUUCACAUGGUUUGGAAGAUGAUUUCUCUAAUGUUAGAAAAUCUUGGCAAGGACUAAAUUCACCAGCUGGUGUGGGAAGUAGAUCAAACCAAUCAAAGUUCUUGGUUACUUCAGAAUCAGUGCAUUCAGGUUCUGAGGACUCUGUUGCCUGGAGAAUUCAGUCUGGGCAAAUGUUGGGUUGCGAAACCGCUGAUGGUAUAAAAUCACAUGAUGAACUGUCCAACUUGAGAAUUUCAGGCCAGCAGAGUGAGGCUCAGCUGCCCUACAAAUCUGCUAAAAAAGAUGGGCCUUCCCCAAGGAAGUUUCCAAAAAGUCCAUCAGGCUGUGAUAAUUCAGAGUAUUCCGAACACUCUGCAGCUCUUCACGCUUUCGAUAUCUGCCCACCCAGAGCAAGUACUUCUGUUGUGCUCAAACCACCUUUACUUGUAAAGAAUAGAAACAGGCGGAAUGAAAUCAAGCGCUCCAUGGAAGGGCAAACUGGCACUGUGCUGAGGUCUGGAAUGGUUCUUUUAAAGAGUCACAUCUCCUCCUCUGAUCAGGUCAAAAUAGUAAAAAUAUGCCGAGACCUUGGUCUGGGUCCUGGAGGUUUCUACCAACCAGGUUACCGUGAUGGAGCAAAACUGCAUUUGAAGAUGAUGUGCCUUGGUAAGAAUUGGGAUCCUGAGACAAGGAAAUAUGAAGACCACCGGCCAUUUGAUGGCACUAAACCACCCCUUAUACCUGCUGAAUUCUCUGAGUUGGUUGAAAAAGCGAUCAAUGAUUCCCAUUCUGUCAUUUGGAAUAAUUCUAAAGCAAGCAAUGUAGAAAACAUACUUCCCCGGAUGUCGCCUAACAUUUGUAUUGUAAACUUUUACUCAGAAAAUGGCCGGUUGGGUCUCCAUCAGGAUCGUGAUGAAAGUGAAGAAAGUCUGCAUAACGGCUUACCUGUGGUCUCUUUUUCCAUUGGUGACUCGGCAGACUUCUUAUAUGGCGAUCAGAGGGACGUUGGUAAUGCAGAGAAGGUUUUGUUGGAAUCGGGAGAUGUUCUUAUAUUUGGUGGGAAAUCUAGGCAUAUUUUUCAUGGUGUUACAGCCAUUCACCCAAACACUGCACCGAAACAUUUGCUGGAGGAAACAAAUAUCCAAUCCGGCCGGUUGAAUCUUACUUUCAGAGAAAGUUGAUAGGCUUGGUAUAUAGUUGGAGUUGUCUCAAAGCGGUUUAUACUUGGGCUAGUUUUCUUAAGCUUUAGGGAGAAAUUUGAGCCCAGGGUUACAGCCUUCUUCUAUUUUUGGAAGGUGCCUGAGAGAAUGACAUAUGGUAGAUAAUUGUACUGAUUCAAUGACCAUUAUGUAGAUAUGCUGGCGGUUAAUUGUACGACAUUUUCCCCUGCGAAUCGAUUAUUAGCAGGUUUUGUUUC